AUGUCUUUCCCUCAAGCUCGCCCAGAUUGGAACAACCUUGAGGUCAUCCAUCGGGGAACACUUCCCCCACGGGCACAUUUCUACACUUACAGUAGCGAGAAGGAGGCUCUCACUUUGAACCGUGACUUGAGCGAGUAUAUAUCGCUCAACGGCACUUGGAAAUUCCGCCAUGAUGCCUCCCCCUUUGAGGCACCCGAAUGGGCAUCCGCCAACCCAUUAACAUGGGAUGACAUCAAAGUGCCAGGAAUGUGGCAACUUCAAGGUUACUCACAUCCGGCCUAUACAAAUGUUAACUAUCCAUUCCACGUCAAUCCUCCUGAGGUACCAAUACUGAAUGAAACCGGAUCUUACUGGAGGCAAUUUGUGACUCCCGUCGCGUGGGAGGGACAUCAGAUACGCCUCCGGUUUGAGGGUGUCGAUAGCUCCUUUCAUCUGUGGAUCAAUGGACAAGAGAUUGGCUAUUCUCAAGGCUCACGAAAUCCUAGUGAAUUUGAUAUAACUUCACAUUUGAAGCCGGCUGGAUCCAUCAAUACCCUCUCUGUGCGAGUGUACGAGUUCUGUGAUGGGUCUUAUAUUGAGCGUCAGGACCAGUGGCUUUUGAGUGGCAUCUUUCGAGACGUUGGCUUGCUUGCCUUUCCUCAGAACUCAAUCACCGACUUCACGGUUGUUCCAACACUGAGUGAUGAUUUAUCCUCAGGUCAACUUGUCUCCAGCGUUCAAAUCCAGGGUGGGCAUGGGCCUGUCCAGGCGAAGCUUUAUGCUCCCGAUGGUACGCUUCUCAGCGAUCUGGAGUUUCAGAGCAAUGAAUCUAGUACUAUUGAAAUAUCUGGCACCGACUUGAAACUGUGGUCAGCUGAGGCCCCAGUUCUAUAUACUUUACUCAUCUCUUUCCAUGGGCGCACAAUUCCACAGCGCAUUGGCUUCCGACGCAUUGAACAAAAGGAUUCUAACUUUUUGGUGAAUGGCAAGCCAAUCAUAUUGUAUGGUAUGAAUCGCCAUGAACACCAUCAUCUCUACGGUCGCGCCGUUCCGUAUGAGAGCAUGCGUGCGGACCUCGUUUUGAUGAAGAAGUAUAAUAUCAAUGCUUUGCGAUGUGCGCACCAACCGAACGAUCCCAGGCUUUACGAGGUCUGUGACGAACUGGGCCUCUAUGUCAUAGCCGAGGCAGACCUUGAGACGCAUGGGUUUGACCCUGUAGAGCGGUCUAACAUCCAGAACCAGCACCUGAUGAGCGAAUACGAGAUCCAGGAGACAUCAUACAAGAUGGCUAAAAAAUGGACUUCCGAUAACCCAAAAUGGAAGGAUGCUUAUAUGGAUCGAGCCGUGGAGCUUGUUCAACGAUUCAAGAAUUUUUCUUGUAUCAUUUUCUGGUCUCUGGGAAAUGAGGCAUUCUAUGGUCAAAACCAUGCUAGCAUGUAUAAAUGGAUCAAAGAGGCAGAUCCGACCCGUCUCGUUCACUACGAGGGUGAUAGAGAUGCAAUCACUGCGGACCUGUACUCUACCAUGUACUGGAGUAUUGAUGGGCUUAAAAAGCACAUCAGCGAAAAGACUGAUAAGCCUCUCAUCCAGUGCGAGUACGGCCAUGCAAUGGGAAAUGGCCCAGGUGGACUACAGGAGUACAUCGAGCUGUAUCGAACUCAGAAACUUCUUCAAGGCGGCUUCAUUUGGGAAUGGUGUAAUCACGGCCUUCUCAAGCGCGACGGCGACACAUCAUAUUAUGCCUAUGGUGGGGAUUUUGGAGACCAACCAAAUGAUGCUGACUUCAUUCUGGAUGGGAUGGUAUUCUCCGAUCACACUCCCACACCUGGACUAAUAGAAUAUAAAAAGGCCAUCGAACCAGUUACCGUUUCAUUGGUUGACGGUCGGCUUAAGGUUGUAAACAACUAUGAUUUCAAGACCCUCGACCACUUGUCAGCCUCAUGGUAUAUUGCUAAAGAGUCGGGAAACUCACAGUCGGUACCUUGGAAGUUACCCCUGAUCCAGGCAGGAGAGUCCCACGUCCUAGAUUUCCCAGAAGGCGCAAGUUUUACCUCUGAGCCCACCUGGUUGACUAUCAACUUUUGUCUUAAGGAGGCAACAGCCUGGGCACCCGAAGGUCAUGAGGUUGCUUGGGCGCAGGUCCCUUUAUUCGAGGAACCAAAGCCUGGAAUCUCCCUCCCACCACACUCGACAACCGCAAGUCUCUCCGUACUUGAGAGGCAGGGUAGACUUUAUAUCUCUUCCGAUUCUUUUGGAUCCCACUUCACGUACGAUCUCAUCAGGGGUGAUCUGUCUUGGUCUACUGAUAAAGGCAAGAUAUUUCACAGCGGACCUCAGCUGGGUAUAUAUCGUGCUUUGACACAGAAUGACCUAGGCAUGCAGGGCCCUCAUGUCGAAUGGGAUCGCUUUCGUGUGCAGAGCACCCGCAUGUUGAUGCAGUCAGCAACCUGGAGCAUAAGACCAGACGGAAGCGUUUGCAUCAGGGCCAAAGUUCGAGUUGCACCCACGGUUCUAGAGUGGGCGCUGGACGCAACCAUUGAUUAUACAGUAACCGCAUCUUCUGUGGCUCUCCAUAUAAAAGGAGACUUCACUGGUACAUACCCGAAGUAUAUCCCCAGACUUGGCUUGACUCUCCGUCUGCCACAGCGGUAUGAUGCGGCUACCUGGUUUGGCAGAGGCCCCGGGGAGUCCUAUCGUGACAAGAAGGCCGCCGCUCGAUUUGGCACCUAUACUGCGUCUCUUGACGACGGUCUCCAAACAUUGUACGAGUGGCCACAAGAAAACGGCAACCGUACUGACACGCGAUGGGUAAAAUUCCAUUCGUCUCCUCCAAGCGUUUCAUAUGCUGCCUCCGCUGGAGCACUAGCGCCUCUUCCCGAGAUCAAGACCAGGGUUGAUAGACCAUUCAAUUUCUCACUCCGAAAAUAUGCCACAGCCGAGCUUGACCGUGCAAUGCACCCUCAUGAGCUGUCAGAGCUGCAUGGCGAAACGGAGCUCAAUAUCGAUCUUGCGCAUGAUGGAAUCGGCACGGCAAGCUGCGGCCCCGGUGCUUUUGAAGGCAAUAGGCUUGAGACUCAACCGUUCGAGUUCACUACCUUAUUCAGUAUCAACUAA